AAAAAUAAAAAAAAAUAGGUAAACACAUACUAUUCGUAAAUUGCCUAUAAAUAUUUUCAAAAAAAAGUAACAAACAUUAUAUUUCAUGAUGACUAAUUUAGAAGGAACCUUGCAUAAAUGGAUUAACUUUGCUAAAGGAUGGCAAUAUAGAUUUUUCGUUUUGGAUGAAACUACUGGAUUGUUAUCUUACUAUACGUCCAAAGAAAAGAUGAUGAAAGGAUUACGAAGAGGUUGUGUGCGCUUGAAAGGUGCUGUCUUAGGAAUUGAUGAUCAAGAUACUACUACAUUUACUAUAACUGUUGAUCACAAAACGUUUCACUUCAAGACCCGUGAUGGUCAGGAGCGAGAAAAAUGGAUUCGUAAACUGGAAGACAUAAUUUACAAACACACUAAGCGAAAUAAAACAUAUUUGGAACAACAAAGAUUUUUCAGUUCAACUGGUAGUUAUAAAAAAGAAUUGAACCCUCUUCAUUUAUUUGACAAAAAAGUCAGUGAGGCAGAUGCUUAUUUACAAUUGAUGAUUGAACAAGUAUUGAAAAUUGAAGAAAAAUUUAAAGCAUUGGAGAAUGCAGAUCAAAAUCAUAUAGUGAGGAAUCUUGGAAAUAAUAUGUUGGAGAACAUAAAGCAUUCAAUAGUAUUAUUGCAAAUUGCAAAAAAUACUGCACAUCCUAUCAACGGAAUUUAUCAUGGACCAAAAAAAACAAAUAUAACUGAAGAUCAAGUACCAGAAACAUCAUACUCAAGCUCUGAAGAGGAUGACGACUAUUUUGAUGCUAAUGAUGAAGACGAGUUUACUUGCAAUUUAAAACCUCUUCAAAACUUCGAUACAAAUCCAUCAAUCAACUCUCCAAUGAUGACCGAAAAUGAUUUUGAAUCAUUAUCGAAGCAAGAUGAAUGUAUUAAAUCCACUUUUAUAAAACAAACUGACAUUGCAAAGAAAGAAACAAUUGAUGCUAGCUCUCGCUACAAAUUACCUAUUCGGCAUGAUGGAACACUUGACUAUGAUGCAAUAUAUGAAGAUGAUAAUGAUAACGAUGACAUUUCAAUGGAAAGCCACGGUUCUGUUGUAACUCAUUUACUAUCGCAAGUUAAAAUUGGCAUGGAUUUAACUAAAGUUGUAUUACCUACGUUUAUUCUUGAAAGACGAUCACUUCUUGAAAUGUAUGCCGAUUAUUUUGCUCAUCCAGACUUAUUUUUAAAAAUAGUUGACUUGCCGACACCGAAAGAACGAAUGGUACAAGUUGUUAAAUGGUAUCUGAGUUCCUAUCAUGCAGGAAGGAAAAGCGCAGUAGCAAAAAAACCUUACAAUCCAAUUAUUGGAGAAAUAUUCAGAUGUCAUUGGGAAAUACCUGAAACUGAAAAUAGUGAAAGUGAAAUAUACUCAGAAGGGCCUUUGCCGUGGUGCCGAAAAGGAGAUUUAGUUUUUAUCGCAGAACAAGUUUCGCACCAUCCCCCAAUAUCCGCAUUUUAUGCAGAACACUAUGAAAAGCGUAUUUGUUUUACUGCUCACGUCUGGACCAAGUCUAAAUUUCUAGGAUUAUCUAUAGGUGUACAUAAUAUUGGUCAAGGCAUAGUGACCUUAUGUGAUCUAGAAGAAGAAUAUAUAUUAUCAUUUCCAAAUGGCUAUGGCAGAUCAAUUUUAACAGUACCAUGGAUUGAAUUAGGAGGAAGUGUCACAAUUACAUGUCCAAAAACACAAUAUCAUGCGGAUAUUGAAUUUUUGACAAAACCAUUUUAUGGUGGAAAAAAGAACAAAAUUUCUGCAGAAAUUUACGGACCGAAUGAAAAAAAAUCAUUUUUAUCUAUAAACGGGGAAUGGAAUGGAGUGAUGGAGGCUAAAUGGAAUGAUAAUAAAAAAACUGAAACGUUUAUAGAUGUUAAUAACAUUCCAGUGUAUAAGAAAAAUGUUAGACCUAUAGCUGAACAGACUGAAAACGAGUCAAGAAAUGUAUGGAAAGAUGUAACUGCCGGACUAAAAUUAAAUGACAUUGAUAAAGCAACCAAUGCCAAGUUUCAAAUUGAACAACGACAGAGAGAACUCGCUAAGGCUCGCAAAGAUGCUUCAAAAGAAUGGGACACCUUGUAUUUUAAACCAAUCGGAGAGGGCUGGGUAUAUACUGGACCACUAACUCAACGUAUUUCAACACAGAGACCAAGAGAUAAAUAAAGUUUUGUGAUUAUUUCAAACAUGAAAAUAAAUGUUUAUCUCAAUUUUUUUUUGUUUUAAACAAAAUAUUAAAUUAAUUUUUUUUGUCUAUUAAAAAUAACAAGUCAAUCAAUCCAAUUCAAUUUUCAAAUAAAACAACAAAUAUUUAUUUACAUAUAUUUUAUAUAUAUAUAUAUAUAUAUUUUAUUUUAAUUGUAUUAAUUAAAU